UAUAUAUAAUAUACUUAUUUAAUUGUUCAUGUGAUAUAUCCAUAGGAUGAUGUUUCCAUUCCAGAAUUGAACACUUGGUUUCACCUGUCUGCAACUUUUGGCGAUGACCAAGGCAGAGCGUCCUGGUUGAAUGUCUUAUUGAUGUGACGGCGACGAUACAAAACGUGGCAGUCUUGGGGGUGACCAUCAAGGGUGAGAUUGACACCUGUAAAGCUACAGGUUCGAGCCCAAUGAUGACCCGCCUGGAUAAGCUUGAACCAGGGGGCCAAGCCAUAGAUGGUUGGGAGGAAACGGACAUUGCAAAGCUUGCGUGUUUCCUCAACAGUGACGGAUUGGUGUUUGUCUUGUCCAACUUGGCCACAGCCGUCGGAUUCGCUGCAGGCAACUGCGCAUAUACCAUUGAAUUGCCGGACGCCGCUUUUCAGCCGGUGUACACACACAACAAUAGCGUCUACUUCGACCGUCUCUGCGCCGCGAACAUCGCCUCCACUGUGAACGUGGUGUCACAGUUUGCUGCUGCUGGGGCUAUGGCUGGAACGUCGUGUCCAAAUGCAAACAGUCCUGUGUCAGCUCCGGCGAGCACAUUUGGCACUGGUGCUAACGACGAGUUUGUGGAUGGCUUCACGGAUGCCUAUGAUGCUGGUGGAAUCCGACGCCUGAGUGCAGAGCAACGCAAAUUGCUUGGUUCUGCCGGAGGGGGUCAACCCGCAUUAGGAACUGGCGAAACAGGUAAUGCACUUGCAUGCUUGCUGGCUGCAGAGGGAGUUCUUUUUAGCAUCAUGCAGAUUGGUGUCGAGCUGGACCACGCUUUCAGGCUCAACUGCAAAACCGGUGAAUAUGCAAAUGGUCCCGUCACGAAGGCGCAAGUGAAGGCCAACAAACUGACCAAGGUGAGCCCUGCUCUAUGUGCAGCUAACGUUGGCGGUGUCAUCCAAGGGUUCAUCAACGUCAUCACGGUGGGCCAAAUCAUGGUGAUGCAGUGCGACAACAUCAUGACCGCCUCAAGGAUGUGUGGCCAAGGUAUUUCUAUGUUUUUCAGCGCAGCAGCAAAUUUGGUCAGAGGAUCUGGUCAAUUGUACGACUUCUGUGUCUUGAAAGCCUUCAACGCGGCGCAGGUUGAUCAGCGUUGGCAGUGGAAGAAAGGCCUCGUGACCCGACGGCUGCAGGAAGACGAGCUGCGACGAGCAGAUCCCGUUGAGUUCUUUGAAGGACUUUACAAGAACGUGAGUGGCUACAAAAUGGAUUUGAAGAAGGGAAUCAGAGGACAGUCUUACACCAUCGCGGAGGAGAAUAAGGGCUUGACAUGGUAUCCAAAUAUAGGUUUGUCGCGUGACGUGGUCGAGUUUGUAGAAGAUGAUGAAGAACAUCAAGGUGAAAACAUCUACGUUCCAGGUGGCUUUAGGAUCCGCGCUAUCCGAAAUGAACACCAAUUCAAUAUUAGCAGACUUGCUUUGACAGUGUUUUUUUCUGUUGCCGUGGCAAUUACCCUUUUAGGGACCUAUUUGGCGCACAGAGAGCCUGCAAGAAGUGGGGAGGAGGCCGACUAUGGUCUUCUGGACCAAGACUUCGGCAACAAAACUAGCAAAAUUUGGAACAAUCGCACAUCCAUCUUUUGCUUCAUGGUGGUGCAGCAAGGAUCCAUGGAAGUCAGAUUGGCGCAAUUUCAGUUCAAAAAGAAAUGUGGCAUUUUCGAGUGCAACCAUUACGCGGUGUAUUCAGAUGCACCCGAAGCAAUAUCUCUGGGAUUGAACUCAGAUGGAACUGAAGAGAAGACCAUUCCAAUUCCAGGUCCUCCUGCCUUGAAGGGGUUGCAAAGUUGCCUCGGGUGCCAUUCGCAGAAGACGUACAUCAUGAACGCAAAUGUCUUGAUGCGAGCGUGGGACAAGGCGGCCAAGGAUGGAAUUGCAGGAAACUUUGGCAUCAAGCUGUUGGAUGGGUUGAAGGUGGCAGAGGCAGAGGUGAAAGAGGUUGCAGAGGCUGAGGCUGCAGAGGUGGUGCCAGCUGAGAUGAAGAAGAAGGGUGGACACAUGAAAAAGCAGGAGGCAGGAGCGCGAAUGGCCGCAGCACACCACGAACGCAUGGAGAAUUUCACCUUGCCCACCGGUGCGUGCCAGCCGUAUGAAGGUGAUGAUGAACACUGCAUGGAUUGCUUCCAGAUGGCCAUGUGUCAGCACCCCUACUGUGGCACUUGCGGCUUUUGCAAGUCUGCUAGUGCGGACUUUGAUCCAGAAAGAGAGCUUCUGGAUUAUCAGUGCAUGUGCAUUCAGUGUGCCAGAGCCAUGAAUAGGUGCUGCGCAUGUGGCAAGGCCUUCAAUGGGAAACCCAUCGAGGUGACUUUGCCUUUGCAACAUGGUCCAGGCAAUGAUGAGGCUCACGGAGUCUUGCUGCCCGACGAAGACGGAGAGAUCGAAGAGAACUGGUCAAAGCGGAUGGCUGCAGCCCUGGAAGUGGCUAGGAAAUACAGCGGCUUCUCGAAGUUUCACGACACCUAUCCUCCGCUCUUCGAAGAACUUUGGGACAAGUAUGACGCAGAACACAGUGGCUACAUCAAGGCUGCUGAUGCCGAGGCGUUUGCAAAAGACAUGGUGGCCUCAGGUUGGAAGGACUGGGCACCUUCCGAGCGGGAUUGCAGUCUGUGGAAACAGAUUGAAGAGGAGUUUGGUGGAAUUAGCUUGGAGCAAUUUGCAGAGAUGAGCGAGAACGGCGCUGCCUGA